GAUGGCAUUUUGUUACUUGCUACCUAUUUUUUGUUCCUCCAAGCAGCACCAGCACCUAGCACCUUUAGUAUGCAAUGAGGCAGCCAGACAAACGCAUCGACAACGAUCGGCAGCGCCAAGUAUUAGUAAUAAACGAGUUUGAUUAAAGGAUGAAUAGCAACAACCUGCAGCAAUGGUGGGAAAACUCAUAUCGACGACAGCACCAACAGCAACCGACUGUCGAUAGCAAUAUCGAUAACGAUAACUAUAGCGAUACCACUGAACAGCUGCACUAUGCGCUUCUCGAGCAAAACCAUUUUGGCGGGGACAGCGGCGGCAUUGAUGGCAAUUUUGGCGGUCAAUUGGCCAGCAGCUUUGACUACGAUAGCUAUGGCAACUUUACGCUGACCAAUCCCUAUGAUAUUGAAAGUGGCGCGGAUACUGAGCAUGCGAUUCCAUCAUUGACUAUUCUACUGCUGGCCAUUAGCUAUGGUCUGGUUGUAUUUGGCGGCGUUGUGGGCAAUUCAACAUUGGUACUCACCCUGUGCUCGGCAUCAUCGGUGCGUUUACGAAAUCCUUUGCUGCUGGCCGUUUGCAUUGCCGAUCUUCUGGUUACGGGCAUUUCAGCGCCAGUUACGCUGCUGAAUCUGGCCAUGAAUCGGGGCACUAGAUCUUUACCACUUUUACUAUGCAAACUUAUACACUAUGUUCAGGUCAUGCCAGUGGCAGCCAGCACAAUUUCCUUCUUCAUGCUCUCGCUGGAUCGUUAUGCCACCGUAAAACAUCCGCGCUUGGCCCAGUUGCGACAGCGUCGCUAUCUGCACGUCUCGCUGGCCAUCCUGUCGUGGAUUGCCUCGGCAGCUAUCAGCACGCCAUUCUUGUUUGCCUAUAAGAUAAUAGCCAAGUCGGUGAUCAUCAAGGGCGCCGAAACGGGCACAACGCCAAACCCAGUUAGCAUUAGCUGCACCUCAGAGUUGGGAGCCAAUGCCAUGUUCAUGUCGUUUAUCAUCUUUCAUACAAUUGCGGUGUUUGUGCUGCCCGGCGUGGGUGUGCUACUCAAUCAUUAUGGUGUACGUCGCAAGCUCUGUGCAUUGUCGCUGACCGCCCGAGCGGCGCACGGCGAACUGCCGUUGCCCAUGCCGAUAUUGCGCCGUCAGACCCACAUGGUUAUAGUUACGGGUUGCGCGAAUGCUCAGCAGGCAGGCUGCGGUGGAGCGACCACAGUCGAUGACACAUCCAAUGGAAAUGGCAAUGGAGGCGGCCAAAUUGCCAUCAAUCCGGGAGAUAUACAAUUGCAUAACUUACAGCCAUGUCGGCCGGGCUCCAGUGCGGCACUUGAGCCGGGCUCCUAUCGCUCCAGCAAUCCCAUUUCGCCCAGGGCAAUGCGGGAGAUUCGUGCUCAUUCACAACGGCAGCGCAUUUUUCGUGCGGGCCGCGGUCCGGCUACGCCUGGUAUACCUCUGCCUCAGACGUCCACAUUACGAUCGCGUCGUCAUCUGGCCAAUAUGCUAAUUGCUUCCGCCUUAAUCUUCAUCGUAUGCUGGGCACCGCACGUCUUCUGUAUAUUCUAUAAGAAUUUCGGUUAUAAGCAAUACUGCAGCAAAACUUCCGUCUACUUCAGUCUGUUAUUGGGCUACUUUUAUUCGGCUAUUAGUCCGGUCAUCUAUUGGGCACUCAACCAUAAUACGCUACGACAAUCGCCCUGUGCGCCUAUCAUUCGCCUGAGGUCCAUGCAAAAUUUUCUGCGUUCGCGCUUUCGCUCGCACACCGUGCCGCCGGCAGCCUCGUCGACAAAUGAGGCAGCAUUGGGGGCCUUCAAUCCUAAACUGAUAAAGCUAACACCGAAGCAGUAUAGAGCUCAGGCUUCUUCGCAUUAUCUCUACUAGUGUGAUACUAAACUAAAACCUUAACAUAUUUACUUAUGACGACACUCGAACCCCGUUCUAAGAAACUUGAUGUUUUUUCUCCAUAGCUCCUCUUCGCAAUUAGUUGGCACAACUUAAA